AUGAGUGUGGAGAGACAAAUAUCAGUCGAACAAACAAGACCCACCGUAGUACCGGAACAACGCGAGGGAGACCAAUUUGUGGAGAGAGAAAAUGUAGUUGUAUCUGUUCUUGUUAGGGAUGAUGAAUCGUCCACCAUAAGCAAAGUGAGGAAAAAUGUUGAGCAUGAGGUUAAAAAAUGGUCAGACGUAGUCCAUGCUGAAAGAUCCUUUGGUAGCUCACUCUACAGCAUGAAGACCCAAAACAAAAGCCUGACAGAUAUCGUGAUACAGUAUUUCCAGCGAUGCUUUGGUUACGCACUAAAGCAGAGUAAGGAUGAUGAAGAAGGUGUGCGAAAUGGUCUGAAGUCUAUUGUGCCCCAUGCUUAUGGUGACCAUUCUUCCUGUGGCAACUGGUGUGGCUACUUAAAAAAUUCUGCAUCCUACAAACACAGAGGCCUUCCCCAUGGCAAGGAUCUGAUGGACAAAAGCUUGAGGCAGUCCCUGGAAAAGAUCCUAGAAAUUUAUGCUUCAAAUGCCAAGAAGCUGGCUCCCCUUGGGUCGAACCAGGUAAUUGAAGCACUCAACAAUACUAUAGGAAGCAAAGCUCCAAAGAGCAGACACUAUGGAUCUAGUAAUGAUGCUGAGAUCCUACAAAUUGCAGCAACAAAUGGUAAAGAUGAGUUCUCUAUUUAUAUGAAGCCUUGUAAUGUAAUAUCAACAGAAGCAUCUGCUGUGAACAAACUCACCUUCCAAAGAGGAAUACUCUUUUAUGAUGGGAAGCCAAUCACUGAUGCCAUUGCAACUGAUGUGGCCCUGAAGACCUUCAUUGAAAAUUGA